AGGACUCUUCUCGGGUGUACUCCAGACUUCUCCACUACGCCGUUGAGGGGAGGAACCAAAUAGUGUCACAGUCUUUUUUCAUACUUCUCAUACGCAAAAGAAAAGAGAAAAGCGGUCAGCGCGCACACUUUUUGUAAGCACGUAGCGAAAGGAAAAUAAUAUAAUAGUAACAUCGCAUCAAACGAUAACAGCAACGCAAAGCGCGAUGCAGAGCUCCGUCGCACCUGGGCUCCACUUUCGUGGGUGGAUCCUCAUGAGUUUCAUCUCGGUUGUGCUGCUCAUCAUCGUCGGCGUCCCUGCCGCGUACAUCCCCACUACUCGCAAUCGCACCAUUUACGUAGCCGUCGUUACGCCCGUCGUGUGGUUCGUCUACAAUUUGAUAGCGUACUUUAUUCUCUACCGUCCUAUGGUUCACUGCACUUCCGUGUUCCGCACCGGGGCGUGCUGCAGCACCAAGUACACGGACGGUGACAAGGACGCGCAGCUACUCACAAAGGAGAUGUACCAGCUGAACAACGGCCUGCACGCGUUGAAGUGCGAGACGGGGGAGAUGAAAUCGGCAACUGUUUUUAUCCACCAGCAACUAGACUCCCAACGCAAUGAGGAUGACAUAGCGCAAGACGUCUCCCCGUUCACCCGAGUCAGCCCAAUGGUGUGA